AUCCGAUGAACGGCCCGCGGCGUCUUGAAGUCGUUGACAUCCAGUCCAAACAGGUGGCGGUUCGCUGGGAACCAUUCGGAUACAACGUGACACGCUGCUACAGCUACAACCUGACUGUGCAGUACCGCUACAGACCUGCAGGGGCCCUGAGCAGGGAGCCAGCGAAGGAGGAGGUGCGGGAGGAGGAGGUGUAUGACACAAGGAGCACCAUGCCGACGCACACCGUACGCAACCUUCCACCCUUCACCAACGUCAGCCUGAGACUCAUCCUGAGCAACCCCGAAGGACGCAAGGAGAGCGAGGAGCUUCUGGUGCUGACAGACGAGGAUGUUCCCGGGGCAGUCCCCGUGGACUCGAUCCUCGGCAGCAGCUACGAGCAGCAGAUCAGCCUGAGCUGGAGGGAACCGCUGCAGACCUACGGCCUGAUCCGGCAGUAUGAGAUAUCCUACAAAGCCUUGAGCUCCUUCGACACGGAGUUUGACCUGUCCAAUCAGAGUGGCAGGGUGUUGAAACCGGCCAAUGAGACAAGCCACAUGUUCACCGGCCUCUACCCAGGCUCCACCUACUCCUUCACAAUAAGAGCCUCCACUGUUAAAGGCUUUGGGCCCCCUGUUAUCACCCAGUUUACCACCAAGAUCUCAGCUCCUCUGAUGCCGGCGUACGAUCAGGAGUCUCCUCUGAAUCAGACCGACUCCACCGUCACCGUCCUGCUGAAGCCCGCUCAGAGCCGUGGGGCCCCGGUCAGGCACUGCGACCAGGAAACCAGAACCGGAGCAGGAGAAACAGUCGGACCACACGGUGAAGAUUGCUGGCUCCAUCGCCGGCAUCCUGCUGUUCAUCAUUAUCUUCCUGGGAGUCAUCCUGCUGAUGAAGAAACGACGAAGAAAUUAUCACUCCUACACUUAUUACCUGAAGUUGGCGAAGAAGAGGAAGGAAACUCUGAGCUCCAGACAGGAAAUGACCCUGAUGGUGAACAACUCCCAGCACACCACCAUGGUGGACACGCAUGUGCACACGCUGAACGGACGCACUGUUUCAUCUCCGUCCUCCUUCACCCUGAAGACAAACACCAUCAGCACCUCCGUAGCAAACUCCUACUACCCAGAUCCCUUCGUACCGACAGCCAUUCUGGUGCCCAUUAAUGAUGACAGCCACACUAUGACCAGUGAAACCAGUAGCCUGGUCCAGUCCCACUACAAGCAGCGGGACUCUGAAAGGGAGGCGCUGCCGUAUCAGACAGGACAGCUGCACCCGGCCAUCCGAGUGGCCGACCUGCUGCAGCACAUCACCCAGAUGAAAUGUGCUGAGGGCUAUGGUUUCAAGGAGGAAUAUGAGCUUAACGAGAGUUUCUUUGAGGGACAGUCCGCUCCCUGGGAUUCGGCCAAGAAGGACGAGAACCGCAUGAAGAAUCGCUACGGCAACAUCAUUGCUUAUGAUCACUCUCGUGUGCGUCUGCAGCCUCAGGAUGGAGGCGGCGGCUCGGACUACAUCAACGCUAACUAUGUAGACGGCUACCACAGACCCAACCACUACAUCGCGACGCAGGGUGAAGUGUUGUAAGUACUGGCCUGAUGACACGGAGAUCUACGGCGACAUGAAGGUGACGCUGAUCGAGACUCAGCUACUGUCUGAGUACGUGAUCCGGACCUUUGCUGUAGAGAAGAGGGGUGUGGCAGAGAUCAGGGAGAUCCGUCAGUUUCAUUUCACCGGUUGGCCUGAUCACGGCGUCCCGCUUCACGCCACCGGGCUGCUCGGCUUCAUCCGCCGCGUCAAGGCCAAAACCCCACCCACCGCCGGUCCCACUGUGGUCCACUGCAGUCGGGGUCGGGACGUACAGGAUGCUUCAUCGUGAUCGACAUCAUGCUGGACAUGGCGGAGAGAGAGGGCGUGGUUGACAUCUACAAUUGUGUCCGCGAGCUGAGAGCACGAAGGGUUAACAUGGUCCAGACUGAGGAGCAGUACGUCUUCAUCCACGAUGCCAUCUUGGAGGCGUGUCUGUGCGGUGACACAGCGAUUCCAGCCAGUCAGCUGCGGUCGGUUUAUUAUGAGAUGAACCGAUUGGAUCCUCAGACCAACUCGAGUCAGAUCAAAGAGGAGUUCAGGGUAACGUGACGACCAUGUUAAUAUUCUUCACGCUUCGUUUAGAGCACGAACCUGCCAGCGUCCAUGAAAUAAUCAAACCACAUCACAGCUCUGAGUGAUGACAUCAUUGCACCGCAGUUUCAAAAUAAAAGUCAGAAAUUCAUAUUAUACAGUCUAAAUAUUGAGCCCGGUUCUGUCUGAGGUUUCUUCCUGUUAAAAGGAGUUUUUCCUUCCCACUGUCGCCAAAGUGCUGCUCACAGGGGGUCAUAUGAUUGUUCUCUCUCUGUCGCUGUAGCGUCUUUACUUUAAAUGGAUACGUUAUUGAUCCCACAUGGGACGCUUUUGUGUUACAGCAGCAUGACAGCGAGUAAAAAUACACAACAAUAAACGACACGGUUAAAAUAAAAGUGCCACAGACACCCAGUAACAAACUGGUAACAAACUGGUGACACAACACACUUACGCUGUAUGAAUAAAACUUAAAAAUCAAACAAAAACAAACAACGAGAUUAAAACUUGAAGACAUUUAAAAAAAUGAAGACAAAAAUUAAAUCACUAAUUAAAUGAUCACAAAUAACAAAAUUAAUGUUAACAAAAAUUAAACAAAAUCAAUGAAAAUAAUAAUGUUCCGAAGUCUGAGAAAGUAAAAAUAUGACAUGAGAUCAACUCAUUAGGUUAGAAAGAAGGUGUCAGGUGUGUGUCCUGUUACAUGUGUGUGCGC